GAGCAAACCAGUUUUGCACCAUGGGGAAGAAGCGGGCUGACACAGAGGCUGCUCCCAGCUGUGAGCUAAAAUCCUAUACUAAAUCUUUGGAUGUACCGGCGUCCACCAUGACGUUAAGUUCUAAAGAGAAGAUGCCUGCUGAAGAUGGUUCUGGGGACCAUGGGGACACUGCCAGCCUGAGUGCUGUCAACACCAUCUACAGUAAUCACUCCCCUUCUGAAGCCUCUGCAUUUCAGGAUGCACCCUUCACUACCUACUUUGAUGAGAAGAUCUUCAUUCCUGAGGAAGAGCAUUCUUGUUUUAGCUUCCGGAAACUCUGGGCCUUUACAGGGCCAGGCUUCCUCAUGAGCAUCGCUUAUCUGGAUCCAGGGAACAUAGAAUCCGAUUUGCAGUCUGGGGCCGUGGGCCAGUUUAAGUUGCUCUGGGUUCUCCUCCUGGCCACCCUCGUGGGGCUCCUGCUGCAGCGCCUGGCAGCCAGGCUGGGCGUGGUCACGGGCCUGCACCUUGCUGAAGUGUGUCACCAGCAGUAUCCCAAGGUCCCCCGAAUUAUUCUGUGGUUGAUGGUGGAGGCGGCCAUUAUAGGCUCCGAUAUGCAAGAAGUCAUAGGGUCAGCUAUUGCGAUCAGUCUCCUGUCUGCUGGGAGGGUUCCUCUGUGGGGUGGAGUUCUCAUCACCAUUGCAGAUACCUUUGUAUUUCUCUUUCUGGACAAAUAUGGUUUGCGAAAACUGGAAGCAUUCUUUGGCUUACUCAUCACCAUCAUGGCUCUCACAUUUGGAUAUGAAUAUGUUACAGUGAAGCCCAACCAGGUUGAGGUGCUGAAGGGUAUGUUCAUUCCUUCUUGCCCGGGCUGUGGCACCCCGCAGAUUGAGAAGGCCGUGGGCAUUGUGGGAGCUGUCAUUAUGCCCCACAACAUGUACCUGCACUCCGCACUAGUCAAGUCCAGGCAGGUGAACAGGGCCAACAAACGGGAGAUCCGGGAAGCCAACAAGUACUUCUUCAUUGAGUCCUGCAUUGCCCUCUUUGUCUCCUUUAUCAUCAACGUCUUUGUCGUCUCGGUCUUUGCCGAGGCCUUUUUUAAUCAAACCAACAUGCAAGUGCGUGAAAUCUGCCUCAAUAGCAGCAGUCCUCACAGUAACCUGUUUCCUGAAAGUAAUACCACGCUGACUGUGGACCUCUACAAGGGGGGUGUGGUUCUAGGAUGUUACUUUGGGCCUGCAGCACUCUACAUCUGGGCAGUGGGCAUCUUGGCUGCAGGCCAGAGCUCUACCAUGACCGGGACCUAUUCUGGCCAGUUUGUUAUGGAGGGAUUCCUGAACCUGAAAUGGUCACGGUUUGCGAGAGUGAUCUUGACACGUUCUAUUGCCAUCAUUCCCACACUAUUGGUUGCAGUCUUCCAGGAUGUGCAGCAUCUGACUGGGAUGAAUGACUUCCUGAAUGUGCUGCAGAGCUUACAGCUUCCCUUUGCUCUCAUCCCCGUCCUCACGUUUACCAGUUUGCGCCCAGUGAUGAAUGACUUUGCCAAUGGACUGGGCUGGAGGAUUGCAGGUGGAAUCUUUGUUCUUCUUAUCUGUAGCAUCAACAUGUAUUUUGUGGUUGUCUAUGUUGAAGACCUGGGGAACAUGGCAUUAUAUGUGGUGGCUGCUGUAAUCUCUGUGGCCUAUCUCUGCUUUGUGUUUUAUCUGAGUUGGCAGUGUUUGAUUGCUUUGGGUUUGUCCUUUAUGGACUGUGGACAGACGUACCACCUAGGACUGAAUUCUCAUCCUGAGCUCUUCCUCUUGAACAACGUUGACACUGACUCCAUCCUCUCAAGAUGACAGCUUCAAGAGACUAUUGAAAUAAUAUUUUCAAAAACUCUUAUGCCAAGUGACCUGUUACAUAAUAACUUUGUUAGUUCAGAGGUGAGUUUUUGUUCAAGGAAUUUGAACAAAAGUCAGAGAUUUCCUUAUGGGACGGCUAUUAAAUGCCGACCGAUAUAAGUGGAGGACAGAGAACUACUCACCUUGUAAAGGUGUAAACAGUCAUGAGAGCAUCAAGAAUCAAAUGACUGCUGGAUUUUGGCCUUGUGCCCUAUGGGCUUGUGUUGUGAUUUCUGACUUUUUUUUUUAGAAGUUAUAAUUUAUAUAAUUACAUAUAAAGAUAUAAAUAUUUGAGUGGAAUUUUAAAAAUUUUAUAUAAAUUGAUGAUUGUAGUUUUUAAAACUUUUUAAUGCUUAGAGAAGUCAGAUUACACUGAACUCUCUGGAUCAGAGAUGAGAAAGGAGAAUUAAUGGGGCUUUUAAAAGCUGAAUUAGUCAAACUGAAUCUCCUUUAAAAUAAUGCUUCCUAUUAGCGCAGCUAGAUAGCACAGUGGAUAGAGCACCAACCCUGAAGUCAGGAGGAUCUAAGUUCAAAUCUGACCUCAGACAACUUAGCACUUCCUAGCUGAGUCCUGGGCAAGUCACUUAACCCCAAUUGUCUCAGCAAAAACAAACAAACAAACCAAAAAUAAUGCUUCAUAUAAGAAGUCAAAGUUAUAUUUAAAUUGGUGAAAACCAGACUAUAUACUUGGUAUUUGAAAGAAAAAUAUUGUGCCUAAUAAUCACUUCUUUUUUCCAAAGGAUCAUCUACCACUUCUUGCCUGUAAUAUUUAAGCUUUAAAUUAUAAAACAUCAUAAUGUUUGCUAAGAUCUUUAAUUUACUACUUCCAGAUGUCACAUCCCAGAUGACCAUUAGCUUAUCAUUUUUUCUGGUCAAAAGUCAAAAGUCUAAAGCCUUAAACUUUUUUAACUUGCACGGGACAUUUCAGGUAUUCUUUGGAACUGCCUACCAUUUCUGAUAUUUUCAUGUCUUUAUGUAAACACUCCAUACAGGCCCAAAGUUUGCUUCCUGUGGUUACUGGUAUUUGUUUUACCAACAGCUAGAUGUGAUCUUAAAUGUAAUCUUUCAGGAGUGAGAUUUCUGGGCAUUGUGGCAAAGUGGACAUUGACAGUGGCAUAGAAAUCAGAAAACUUGGAUUUUAGCCAUAACUCACUUGUUUUUGUGGCCUUUACCCCUCCAACUUGGUUUCAUCAUCUGAAAAGCAAACAAAACAUUUGAAUUAGAUAAUUUUUAAGCUUUCUUCUAGCACCUACAUUCUCUGAUUCUGUGAUUAUCAAUCUGCUAUCUCUUGAAAUAGAUUAGCUGAUCCAAGGCCGUUUAAAAAAUUCAUUACAUUUCAAGUCAACUUGUUUUUAAAGCAUAGUUUAAAUUUAUUCACAAUUUACUUUGUUAUCUAAGGCCCUAGUUCCCUUUGUUAGAAUUGUUAGCUUGAAUCUUGUUUGAAACUUGAACAUUCCUUUACACAUCAGAAAUUCUAGAAAUUCUUGAGUAUUUAUAGCAUGCUGGUUGUUUAUUAAUAGUAGAAGUAGGGUUAGGGGAAAUAGUUUGAAAUUUAUUAAGCGUCUGAACCAUUUAAGUGAAAAAGUCUUUUGUUUUGUAAAAUAUUUAUUAAAUACCUGUUAUAUUUCUAGGAAUCCUUUAAGCCUGGUAUCAGGUGAGCCCCAAGAUGGGAUCUCUGCCCUCAAGAAGUUUCUAGUCUAGUAAAUUGGAAUGUAAAAUUGAUUCUGAAUUGGUCUUUUUGAACUCCAGAGUUGCUUUAUGACAAUUUAAGUACUCCUGUUAAUUUUUGAAAAACUUGAAUCUAAAAUGUUCAUUUUUACAAAUGCUCAUUUCCUUUAUUAAUUAGAUUGUUUCCCUUAGUCAAAAAGAAGUAUGAGAAGGGGAGCAUCAAAACAACAAGCUUCCUAUUGGUGGCUCCUAUCAUUGGGUUUUCAAAAACAGGCUUAAAGAAUUCUUUCCAAUUUUUCCUCUUUUCCAUUGGAGUGGAGAAUUAAGAAUAAGUAAGAGUCAGUGGCAUACCUCUCAUUUUGCAUAAUGACUCAAUUCCUUGCUAUGGCAUUUUUGUGAAUCAGAUCAUUUCAAAUGCUCUGGAGUUUUAGACUCAGAAGGGACCCUUCACCCCUUGCUUUCCGUAACUGGCAUCCUACAAUAAAUGUAUUACUUUCAAAGGCAUCUUGGUUCAUUUUUAGACAGCCUUAAUUAAGGUCUUCUUUAUUUAAACUGAAAACUGCUUUCCUGCCCACUAAAGAUAAAACCUUACUCUUCUUUUAGCUGACAGUCCCUUGGAUCUGUUUGUUUGAUGAAUCAACAAACAUUUAAGUAUUUACUGUAGCAAAACUGCAACCCAAAAAGUAGAAUGCCCCUGUCCUCAAGGAACUUAUAUUCUAGUGGGUCAUAAAAUAAACACAAAUAUAAAAAAUCAAAGAAGCUACCCCAGAUAUUCAUGGGGACUAAAUGUGUCCGACCUGUGGCAGAACAUUCUGAACUUAUAUUGGUCUGAUCAGCCACAAUUGGACACACUGUAAAUUGACUCUAACAUAGUGAUGUCCAGUAUGAAGGACCACAGCCAAAAUGUCAACACAUUUUCUAACCUUAGUUCCAACUCUAAUCUUAACCCCAGCUCUAUCCCUAAACUUGUUCUGUAUAUGUACAAUGUAUGUAAAAUGAACACAAGCUAGCUUUGUGAGGGGAGUACACUAAUGGCUAAUGAGACUUUCAGAUGCAAGUGCUUCUUGAGCUGAGGCUCAAGAGGACACCAGGAAUUCUGAGAGACAAGAAUGAAAAAGGGAAUACCUUUGAAUUAUGGGAGAAAGCUAGUGAAAAAGUAUGGGUAUGGGAAUAUGUCUUCCUCAUUCCAAGCCUGCCUAACUACAUACUGAUACAACUUACUCCACUUUAAAUGCCCCCCCCCAAAAAAAAAAAAAA